AUGGAUACACCACCCGUUCCAAAACCACGGGUUACACAUUUACAACAAAAUGAUGUGAAGCGGCCGAUUCCACUCCCUCGAACUAAACCCCCCGUGAACAAUGACAGAGUCACGGCGACAGAUAUAUUUCGUUCUAUUAGUUCUGUCUCGAAACAAAUAACAGAAGAUGUUGCUCAAAAAGUUAGCAACUCCGCCAAGUGCGCCAAUGAAAAAAUAGAAAAAUCCAUAAGUGAUGGUUCAAAAUUCGCUAAAGGAACUUUAGAAAAAACUAUCAGCACGUCAAGGGCAGUUAGAGAUUCCGUCACUAAGUCAGUAAUAGAAGGGACUAAAUCUGCGGGUUUAAAGUUACGUUUAUCCAAGAGAGUGGGAAGUCCAGAAGAAGAAGAUUCUCAAAGAUGUGUUUCUAUGCCAGCAGUUGAUGUGAGUUUAUUUGACAAUAUUCAAUUUCACUCUCCUCUUUUGGAACAAAAGAGAUUUAAAAACGAUGAUGAGAGCUGUACAAAAAAUCAACUACCAUCUUUACAAUUAAAUGCAACUCAUUUGGAUGAUGUUUCACUGUAUUCCACUUUCUCAGAUUCCAAUACUGAUUCAAUGAGUAAUCUUUCAUAUGAUGUUAGAGAAAUUGAAGGUACAGAAUUACCUAUAAAUUAUGAUACCUAUGACACACCGCAAUCUUCUAGAGCCAAUAGUGUGAUAAGUACAACAUCUGCUCCUGAAGUACCUGAAAGGCGACACAAAAGAAAUAGUCAUAUUGAAAUAAUGAGACAAAAUUCCCUAUACGAAAAUUGGACCCUUCCUUUUACGCAACCUAGUGAAACUAAACCAGAAACUGUUUCAAGGCCAAGUAAAAGUACAAUAUAUGAAUUUGAUCCUUUAAAUAAUAACUCUGAUAAUGCAAAGAGGUAUGAAGGUGUCAGUAAUGAGCUACUUCUUUUGGAAUCAUUCUUGAUUGGUGAUACAUAUGGCACAAUAAUUUCAACAGACAGUGGGAAUGACGAGCCAAUUUAUGACUUUGGUGAAAGUGAUUAUUUCAAUCCACCCACACCACCAGAACGCUCAGAUAGUCUUCUACCAAAUGAGCCUUUAAUAAAAUCUUCCUCAAGCAGUUCUGAAAAAGAAAAGCUUUCUAAUUGGUAUGUUGGUACAGAUCCUUCUACUACCGACCCAGUAGAGGAGGAAACCAAAGCAUCAAGCUCUAUGAUGCAAAAAUUUUCAAAUAUGCUAAAACUGGAUAGUAAGCUUAGCAAAUCUAAUAGUAAAUCUUCUGUACAAAAAAUUCAAGUGAUUGAGCGUCCUCCUUUAAACAAGUAUCCUGUGCCAUAUUACAGUGGAACAUUGACUAAAGUAGUCUCUGGCGUUGUUGAAGAUUUAUUUAAAAAUUCCCAAUCUCGAUACUGUGUGUUGUCUGAUCAAAAACUGAUUUGUUAUACUGAUCCUGCUAAUUUAAUAAUGAAAGAGGCAUAUAUUUUAGAUAAUAUACUCUCUCUUCAAAUAGUUUUGCCAUUGUCAUCCAGCACUUCAAACAACUCUUACUGUUUUGAGCUAAUGGUAUCUACUGGUCUUCGUAAUGCACCUAGAAAAAUCUUAUUCAAUUGUGGAAGUGCAUCAGAGAGACGAAAUUGGGCUCAAAAAAUUGCUGAACAUUUGACAAGUGGCAUACCUGUGAAAUACACUUCAGAAUAUACCAGAUGUGGCUGGUGUUAUCUCAAGGAGGGUGUGAGCGGCGCUUGGUGUGGGGCGUGGGUGAUGUUGGUGAGACGUGUGCUCGUUUAUUGUUACAAACAGGACGAAGUUCAUACUGUGGAUCUGAGAAAGACGAGAUGCAUCGCAACACAGGAAGCGGAUGAAGAAACAAAGAAUUCAUGUCCGUCAGACAACAGUCCGAAUCUCUUACUGGACUGUCCGCACGUCACUUUGUAUCUACGAUUUCCUCAUGAAAGGGAGCUUAAGGGUUGGAAGUACAUGGUGAAACUUUCAGCUCAUAAUAACGGUUCCCACAUUCAUCAUCAACAACUAACUAAAGAGGAUGUACCGGUCAUAGUGGACAAAUGUCUCAGUUUCAUAUAUGCUCAUGGUAGUCUGUCAGAGGGUAUAUAUCGAAGGGCUGGCAGUUCCUCUGUGUUGUCUGAACUUUUGUCUCGUUUCCGCCGCGAUUCGUGGUCUGUCCAACUAACACCAGGAACACACUCUGAGCACGACGUGGCCGGCGUCCUUAAAAGAUUCUUCAGAGACCUCCCACAGUCACUCGUGCCGAAGGAAAAUCAUGCCGAACUUAUAGCUGCCCUAGAUCUCAACAAAGAGGCUCGGAUGUUGGAGUAUCGUCGGUUGAUGACGUCACUGCCCCUAGUGCCUCAGCGCACAGCUCGCAAGUUGUUUGCUCACCUCCACUGUCUCCACACCAUGUCUCGUGUUAACAAGAUGUGCGCCUCGAACCUUGCGUCAGUUUGGGCGCCCACUAUCAUGCCCACUGCACUGACAAGCCAAACUUUGCAAACAGCGUGGUCUGCUAAGGAACAGUACGUAGUGAAGGAUCUCAUAACACACUACGAGGCUGUUUGGGAUCCGAGUGAAAGCGAACGUAGGAGGGAGGCUGUUAUAAGGAAGAUGUUGUCUAAAGCUAUGAACAACACAGUACCGGUACAACCGAAAAGUGCGGGUGACUUGCGAGCAUGGGUGUACGUUCAUAACAGAGACACGUGCUAUCAGGUUGAGCUAACACCAAACAAAACAAGUGCAACUGUUUGUAUAGAAUUAUGCGAGAAGGCGAAAAUGGAAUCACAUUUAUUGAUGGUGGAGGAGGUUAUAUGCAACGGUUCAAUGAGACGCGUCGUUCAUAUAGACGAAGUUAUUUUAGACGUGGUACUACGGUGGGGAUACUGGGACGAGGACGACAGGAAGGAUAACUAUCUACUAGUUAAAGAAAAUAAAAUACUCCACGAACUGGAGGCGUUGAGACAUUCUACGUCGCUGGUCUGUGGUGAGCUACGAAUAGCAAAUGAAACUACGAAAUCGUUUAAACAACAUAUGUUUGAGUUCAGUAAUUCAAAAUUGUGUUACUUUAAAGAUAAACAGGGCUCUCACAAGAUCGAAGAGUGGAACAUCAAAGACUUGCUGUGGUACGUUGGUCAUGAACCAAAGCGGAAUCCUCAGUCCCGGUGGGCGAUCACCUUUAUACCUAGAAAUAAUAAACAGAAAAGAAGUAAAGACCGACCGUGGUUCGGAUGUACUAUAGCUGGCGCGGUCACCGAGGAUCAGCUUAAAUGGAUGACGGCAAUGACCUUCGGGGAACACACAAACAUACUACCAACACCACGCCUUGUCAUCACAUAG